UUCGCUUCAACCGGAGGAAAAACAUAAUCAAGUGUCAACAAAGCCAACAGAUCCAUGGAGCUGCAUCAAUGGCUCAAUCGACAUUCAUUCUCGUCGAGUACCACCUCCCAGUAGUCUGUUCCAUCUAGUGAUCCUGUUUCUUUGUUUCUUUCCCAUUUAAUACAAUCAUCAUCAUUAUAAAAAAGUAGUACCCAAAGCUCUGAAUCCCAAAAUGGUUUUAGUAAGCAUGACUAGUUAAGUAGCCCUCUUCGUGUUAUAACCAUUCAUGGCGCAAGGCUACAGAAUCCCAUCAAUGGCUACAGAAUCCCAUACUUUCCUUGUUUUUCCUGCUCAAAAUUUGAAGGAAACCCAACAAGAAACUCAACCUCCCUCCAGCCCUACUGACCCUCCCACUGAUCGGAAAUCUGCACCAAGUCAGCGUUUUCCUGUACCACAACCUGAAAUUGCCCGUUGACAACUACGGCCCCUCCAAGAUCCUCCACUUUGGCACCGUCCCGACCUUCAUCAUCUCCUCUGCCCAGGCCUCCGAAGAGAUCAUGCGUGACCACGACGACGUUUUCCUCGUCCGUCCCCGCCUCAUGACACGCUAAAACACAACACCAAACUGCGACCAAGUGUAAUCGCAGUCCGGAAAUGCAGUAACAGGCAAGCACUAAUUGUCAACCCGGGGUCUAGAUCUACUGCCUACUCAGUGAAUAUCUAUUAUCUAGCAAACUAAGUCGAGUGAUUGUGAUUUUAACUAAAAGCAAUAAGAAAGCAGGAAAUUGGUUCAAAGUUCUUUAGCAAGGGAAGAGUCACUCGGGAAUAAGUCCCCCUAGCUCCUUAGUUAGGUCACAGUUGUAAUUAAUUUUGGUUGCUUUACUGCUGAUUAUAUUGCGGAAGAUCCGACAGUAGUUUGGAAUCUCUUAAGCUGACCAAGCCCUCUCAGUCAAAUUACCCGGCAGAUGACUAGUCUUCACUAGGAUAGAACGCUGAUGCAAUGAACACAAAACUCCACUACUGGAAUUAGAUUCCAGUACAAAGCAGUGAAUUGACUAACUCUCAUAUAAUCGAUUCACUACUACCGAUUGGAGAAGCUCUAACAACCUAAUCAGAUUCUAUCUAUCUCAGGUUGCAGCAAAAAUCAAUAAAAGAUGAUCAGACUUCAAUUGACUCAUUCAAAACACUUCAAUCGAUUAUAAUCAAGCAAUAUCACAAUCCAAACGUAAUUACAAUCAAGAUUCCUAACACAUGGAACUAGGGUUCUUCAUACCCAAGUGAGAGAAAGUUCUACUCCAUAGAGCGAGAGAGGGAAACAGAAUACAAAGCAGUCAUACUCAUAACAAUGGGAAGAAUAUGCUCUGGGAUGUCAAUCUUCACUCCUGGGGAUGCAAUCUGGGCUUCGAUGGUGAGAAAUCCUCUCCAAAUAGCUUCUAGGAUUUGUUCUUUGCACUUUGUGUGUCUAAAACUCUGUUUUGGCUCCAAAAAGUCGAUUCCCUCUCCUUUGGCUCGAAUCUGCCUCAAAAACCCGAUUCAGAGUGAAAUACGGGCUGAAUUACGGUCGUAAUCAUGAUCUGCCCGUAAUUCACCCAAAACGCGCGUUUCACUAAACUCUAAUGAAGGUAAUUACGGUCGUAAUUACCCAAUUACUGCCAGUAUUUAAGUAAUUACGACCGUAAAUGAGUCCACUCUUGCCCGUAAUUUGCUCUGCGGCAGGAAUUCUCAUGGAUUUAGGCUCGGCAUUGCAUUUACGGGCAUGAGAGAAGCAAUUACGCCCGUAAUUGGGCAGGGGCUGCUCGUAAUUCUUCAUCCGCUCCUGUUUAAUGCUUUGUUUCUCCCUCGUCCGGACUCCGAAUCAGUCGUCGUUUGAACCCAGACGCUCGUAGUCUCGUCCUCUUUCUUUUCAGGAAAAUAUUCCAUGAUUAUCUGUCCAUAAUAUGAGGUAGAAAUCAAUUCUUCCUCAGGUCUUGCUCGUGUUUCUUCUCCCGAAUUGCCAAAUGAAUUCCGAAUGACUUGAAACUUGCGCCUUUGCUCCAAUUUACAUGCUAGGACCUGAAAUGUGACAAAAGAACACAAACUAGCGUAAAAUAGUCCAAGAAAUCAAAAACUCAAGCCAAAAUGAUCAAGAAACGAGGGUGCAAACAUGUGCAAAUACGAUGUUAUCAAAUUCCCCCACACUUAAUCGUUUGCUUGUCCACAAGCAAACCAAAUCAGAUACAAGGUAAGCUCGAAACAUCUCAAUCAUGAAAACCUUGGGGACAUAUCACAUAGGCACAAAACACGAGAAUAAAACUGGAUUUUAAACAUCAACACAUGAACAAAUUCAACCGCAACCUGGACAACCACCAUAGAGGACAUUCGAGUGCAGCAAAAUCGGGUAAAGAAAGAGUCUCCCUUCUGUUCACCAACCAACCUAGACUUGACUCAACCACUUAUUCAAGACAUUCAGCUCAUGCAUAAAACUCAAGACAUCAAAAUCAAGACCGAGCCAUCUAGGUCCUCACCGGGGUAAAGAGUGUAAAGAACAAGGAAAUGAAUCGCUCACUCUCGACCAGUGGGGUCAGGGCAAUUUGAUGCAAAAAAUGCGCAUACUUAUUCUCUCAAUACCUAACGUCUCUUCACCAUGACGGCAGCCUCUAAAUGUUAGAGUUCACAUAAAUGGGUGUCAUCACUAACUAAUCCGGAGGUCUUAGACACAGGUUCAAAUGACUGGCUAGGGUCUUGGACAUGGGGAAAAGGCCUUUUAGGUGGUGGAAGUAUUCAUAGCACACGGUUCCAUAGUUCCAAACCCAACACAUUCACCGCCAAUCAAACCACUUACUUUCUUUCUGCCAUUCUACAUUACCCAAAUUGUUUAGAGCACAAGAGCGAAGGAGGUCACAAUAAUGUUAGUGUUUCUAAGCCAAACUGCUAAGAAACACUACUUACUGAGCAUGAUUCAUAUUUUUGGUAGUGGCUCUCUUUAGCUUUCAUCCAUUUUUCUUCUAUUUUUCAUUUCUUGAGAGAACCACUGAUGACUCGAUAUUUGCACAUGUUUUCCCCUUUGUUUCUUGAUCGUUUAAGCUUGCAUUAUCGCUUCUUUGGCCUAUUUUACGCUAGGUUGUGUUCCUUUGUCACAUUUCAGGCCCUAGCAAAUAAAGUGAAGCAUAGGCGCAAGUUUCAAGUCAAUCAGAGAUCAAUUGGCGAUUAGGGAGAAGAAACACGAGCAUGACCUGAAGAAGAAUGGAUUUCUACCUCACUUUAUGGACAAAGAAUCAUGGAAGUUUGUUAUGAAAAGAAAGAGGACGAGACUACGAGCGUCUGGGUUCAAACGGCGACUGAUUCGGAGUCCGGACGAGGGAGAAACGAAGCUUUGAACAGGGGUGGAGGAAGAAUUACCGGCAGGAGAAUUACGACCGUAAUUUCCCCUCCCAUGCCCGUAAUUUCACUGCCGAGAGGAGCUUUGGGUGCACUGAAACUUAACCAAAACGCGUUUUUUGGUCAAAAUACGGGCAUGGAAGAAUUACGACCGUAAUUCAGCCCGUAAUUCGCCUAGAAUCGGGUUUUUGAGGCAGAUUAGAGCCAAAGGAAAGAGAGAACUGGGUUUUGGAUCCCAAACACCCAAGGGACGAACCAUAGAGAGAGAGAGCGACUUGGGAACAUUCUUGGAGCUAUUUUGGAGGAUUUCUUCGCCAUUGGAGCUCGGGAAUCAAGCUUGGAGAUGGAGAUUGAAGAUCUAGAUCAGAUUUCUGCAGUCUCUCUCUUCUCUAUGGAGUAACUUCCCUUCACUUAGGUUUUGAGGAACCCUAGUUCCAUGAGUUAGGAUCUUUCUUGUAUGAAGUUUUGGAUGCUAUAUUGUUUGAUUAUAAUCGAAUGAUGCAUGUUUAUUGAGUCAAUUGAAGUCUGAUCAACUUUUCCUGAUUUCUGCUGCAACCUGAGAUAGAUAGAAUCUGAUUAGGUUGUUAGAGCCUCAUCAUUCGAUAGUAGGAGAUUGGCUAUACGAGAGUUAGCCAGUUUACUGCUUUGUACUGGAAUCCAAUUCCAGUAGUGGAGUUCUGUGCUUAUUGCUUCAGCUUUCUAUCCCGGUGAAGACUAGUCGUCUGUCGGAUAGUUAGACUGAGAGGGCUUGGUCAGCUUAAGAGAUUCCAAGCUACUGUCGGAUCUUCCGCAGUUUAAUCAACAGUAAAACAACCAAAAGGAAUUACAACUUGGACCUAAUUGAGGAGCUAGGGGGAAUCAUACCUAAGUGAGUUCCCAAACUGUAAUUAGUAGUUUUACUUAGUUUAGUUAGUAGAGUAGUUUAGUUAAUCAAUCCUUAAUCUAGUUUGCUAGAUAAUGAACUGAAGCUGAGUAAUAGUAACUCUAGAGACCCGUGGAUUCGAUAUUUAUUACUUGUGCCACUAUACUGCAGUCCCUUUCAUUGGUUACACUUGGCCAUUGUUAGGUGUUGUGUUUUAGCGUGUCAAGUUUUUGGCGCCGUUGCCGGGGACUUUCUAGAUUAUUAGGAAAGGCAGAAGUUUGUUACUUUAGCGUUUUUCUUUUCUUUUCCACCCUUGCUUUUCACUUGGGUGUUUUUUGUUUUUGUUGAUGCAGAUCUGAAUCAUGGAUCCGCAUGGCUUCUCCAACCAGUGGGGGUAUCCACCACCAUCCGAGUGGUAUUACCCCGAGACUCCCUGGAGCAAUCAAGGAGGAGAAGACUAUGGAUUCGGGUUCCAGUACCAACCCCCUUUCUACGGAGAACAACCAGACCCCUGGGCAUAUCAAGAACAACCUCAUUACCAAGAAGACUUUCUCCCACAACCAGAAGGGCCGUCGGAGCUGGAGUUACCCAUGGCAGCCUUCACGGGCCACUCUGCAGAGCCAUGCUACACUUCACUAGAAGAUCCGAACAAACAAUUAAGGCUUCUCGUGGAGCAGUUUGCUCGAGACACUGAGAGAUCCUGCUCCAAGAUGGAUCUUCAAAUUCAAGCCCUUGCCUCUUCCGAUCCCUCAUUUCUCCAUGAUAUGGAGGAGACUGUUCAGCGCUCAGCGAAGCAAACAGAGUGGGUGGAGCAAGUUUGCUCACAUCUUGCUCAAGAUCACCUUUCUGCUACCACGCUAGAAGAGGUGGAGGAUGACAAAGGCUACGGGAGCGUUGAGGAGCAUACAGAAGUUAUCACAGAGAACUCCCAUGAUGAUCAUGAUCAGGAAAGUCCUUUGGUUGCAGAUCACAUCUUACCACAUUUAUGCUUUAACAUGCUGGGCCCAUGCGAGGAGAUGCAAGAUGAUCCCAUUGAAGAAAUUGCUUGGCGACUUGCUCUCCAAUCUGUUCUAGAAGAAGAAGAGCGAGCAAGGAUGAGGAAGGAAGUUGUGGAGGAUAAGGAAGAAAGAAAAGAAGAGGUGGUUCUUGAUCUUUUCCCAGGGGAGAGACCACAUUUUGAAGUAGGAAGGGGGGUUGAGGAAGCAAUUGGCGUCCAGGCUGAGGAUGAAGUUAAGGUGGAAGAGGCCUGCACCGGCCAUGAGUUGCAAGUGAUAUCCCCACUAAACUUCGAGGAGCUGCUUAGCAAGGACCCAUUUGCAGUGUCUCUUUGCCAGAUCAAGGCCAUAUCAACAUCGGUCCCUCUUGGUGGACGCGAUGGUGGCCAAUCGAUGAUGUCAUAUCUGGUUUGGGGCAAUGAGACGAGAGAAGAGAAGAAGAGGUCUCGAGGGUGGAGACUUCAUCUGCAUCAAGUACAUGAGCCUUCAUCACCUGCCACACCACAUGCUCGUGACUUGAGACUCCACCUCAUCGACGAGAACCUCAACUUCAAGGAGGUUCUAGCAUGGACCGAAACUUAGGAGCCAUCGUCCGGCUCACGACGUGAAAGAAGCGCUUGUUGGGAGGCAACCCAACCAGUCAGUUUGCAUUUCUUUCUCUAUUUCUCCUUGGUUGAGUCAGUUUUGUUAUUUGAUUUUAGAGUCAAUAACUCAACCUUUGUGAGAUUUUGUGUGGUGUUUGUGUUCUGAUUACUCUCUCUUCCUGGAAUGCACUGCCUGGCCCGUACAUCAUCAUUCACCCUUGAUCUGGUAACUUCGUUCUACCCUCCUUAUCUUUCCUCCAUUGAGGACAAUGUCGUGCUUAAGUGUGGGGGGUGUUCAAUUAUGUAUGCGGGUGAAUGUUUGGCUGUUUGUGUGCUUGGAGCCUAGUCCACUGUCCAAAUUUUUAAAUUUGAGGGCUCCAAGUACGUGUUUCCUUGCAAAUUGCCUGCUCAGUAUGCUUUGAAUUGACAGUCUCUAUAGUAAUGUGCAACCUAGGGAGGUAGUGUAGCACUAUGGAGGAUGUUGAAGUAUAAGAUUUUUCCUAUCUAGCUCUCUGUUGUGCCAGUUGAUUUUGUGAAUUAGUGGAGCUAAGACCGUUGAAUUCAUGUGGUAAUGGUGACUCUGUUUGGAUUAUGUUAUGGACUCGUGUAUCGAACAGGGUGCUCAUAUGGAAAAUGGGAAGCAGUUGGUCCUCCAUGUCAAAAUCAUUAAAUCUUAAACAUGGGG